AUGGUGAUAAUAGACAACUUAUCAAAAUCAGACACCCAGCUUCUGAGUUUAAUAUCUUCAACCUACAAGCUCUUCGGACUAGCGCCAGUUUCUGUGCGAGAGUAUCCAACCUACCGGAACCACAAGAAAGAAAUUGCCAUAGAAUUUACUUCAACUUCCUCAGCACUGAUCAUAAACUCUCUUGGGCUGCUAAUCCUGCUGCCCUUCGAAGUGUUCUACCUGUACGGAAAGUUCACCAAAGACUUGGAAGAAGAAUCGCGCCUUCGCCACCACUUCGACAUCUUCUUCAGGAUCAACGUGAUCUUCAUCCAGAUCCUGCUGAUUUUAAUCUUCAGCAUCAAGCGCCGGGAGAUCGCGGGGAUUUUAAACAGCCUGCUGUCUUUUGAAAGCGAGCUGGUGAGGAAUUUAAGGGACCUGGACCAGCUGCACACUGGCCAGCAUCAUCAACUGGCAAUUUUCACAGCUUAUUUACUAAUCAGCUCGGUGCUGCUGUUCAACAAGCUGAUGGUCCAAGACACUCUUCAAGCUGUUGCAAACGUACUUCCAAAAUUCGUUAUCAGGAACUUGAUGAUCCAGUACUCGAUUUUGUUGAUAUUCAUCAAGAAGAAGUACUUCAGCUUGAACGAGUCGCUUUUGGUAUUAACCAACCGCAGCGGACAAUUGUGCUAUCCAUUUAUUUCUAAAAUUGAUCCUCCGUCGGAGGAAACUGUUUUAGACUUCGUGGUCUUUAUUAGAAAGUCUUACUACAGCUUGAGCGGAAUUAGCAACAGCAUAGCACAAUUCUACUCUGUUACUAUAUUGGUUUCUUUAUUGUACUACUGUUUAGGCGCUAUUUAUGUUGGAUACCUCUUUGUGUCUUCUAUUAGGGAUUAUUUGGUUGAUAAAACUGGAGGGAAGAUUCCUGAUUGCAUUGAUCAUGGGCUGCUUUUUAUAACGUGCAUUUAUCCUACUGUUAUUCUGGCUAAUUCUGUGACGGCUGUUUUAGAAGAGAUAAAAAGAACAAGCAAGAUAAUUUACCAACUAGCUUCAGUGUACUCUAAAAACACCGGAAUAUCCUACGAGCUAGAACAAUUUUCCAUGGAACUAUUUCACCAAAACGUCUCCUUUUCCGCCUUCGAAAUGGUUCCUUUGGACAACAGUCGACUUACUUCAAUCACCGCUUCAGUGAUCACAUAUUUAGUGAUCCUCAUUCAGUUCAAUUAUAAUUUGGAUAUAGAUGACGCUUAAAGUUGCGCAAUUAAAAUCAUAAAUAUAAUUUAAAUAAAUUUUUUUAUAUUAUGUUGAAUUUGUAAGUUGAGUUUAGGAAUAACUAGUUUUCUCCCCACUGAAAUUUUUUAGAUAAGGAUAACUUAUCUGAAAAUUAAGGUAUUGUUUUCUGAUUUAACUUUCGAAUAGAUAAAAUAUAUCACGCUUGGCAGUAAUGACUCCGACGCGACAAUAGUAACAGGUACAAAAUGGCAAGUUCAUUUUACCUUAAAGUAAACUUGAUAGAAGCAGCUGAAAAAUCGCAGACGGACUUGCUCAAAAAAAUAGUUUCAUCAAACAUAACCUCGUACCCGCAAUGGCGAAGUGACAACGGGUACGAAUUUCUCCGCGCAUUGGUCAAAAAAAAUUAUUCUGCUUUAACCGAGCUAAUUUUGUUAAAAAACCCGGAUGUAAACAAUUCCGAAGAUAUAGACAAUGCUACGCCAUUGCAAAUAGCGGUAAAGAAUCAAAAUUUGGCGAUUGUCAGGCUUCUGAUCCAAAAUGGCGCAGAUGUAAACCCUAAAGCUCGCGAAUCUGCGAACCCUCCGCUCGCUAUUGCUUAUAAAAGUCUCUAUUUGCUUGAAAAAGAGAAGGAAAUUUAUCAAAGAUUGAAAAUUGAAAGCCAAUCUUUGCCUUUUUCCGCGGAAAUCGUCAGCGGAGUGAUGAAGCGCCGCUGUUUUAUCAACGAUCGGUUGUUUGAAAAUGCGCGGGAAAUUUUUGAGCUCUUACUUAGGCACGGCGCUAGUGUCAAUGUUAAAUAUGGCAGAAAGAAGAAUCUUCUUGUCGACGCGGUCAGAUAUCGGGACACUAUUUUUAUAAAAAUGAUCCUGGAAAAUUAUUGGCCGGAUUUUAAUGUCACUUUUGAGGAAAAUUGCUCGCUUUUUGAUGUGAUUUUAAGCGAGAAAUAUUUAAAUAAAAUUUCUAAGGAGAAGAUGUAUGAUUUGUAUGAGUUUAAAUUUAAUAUUAACGAAGUUGUUAAGAUUUUUAUCCGCCAUAUUGUCAAACUUGAGAGUAUAAAGGCUCUGAAAUUGUCUGAAGGAAAUGAAAAAGCCAUUUCUAUGAUUGAUAAGAUUGUAUUUUAUAGGAAUAAAUGCAGAGAAGAAGUUUCUAAGAUGAAGAAAGAUUUUUUUUAUGUUAAUCAAGAUUUGUGUGUUUAUACCGUUUUAAUUUCUAACCUUAAUUUUGUGGAGUUUGUUAACAGUGAGGUUAUGGAAGAAGUUAAGACUAAGGAGUUUAAAUGCGAGUAUCCGAUUUAUGCUAAUGAUCUUAUUGAACGAUUGAUGAUUGUUUGGGAACGAAGAAAAGGGUGUGAAAAUAUUUGAGUUAAUUUUAAAAAAU